CCGGCCCCGGCCCCGGUCCCGCCAUGGCCUGGGUGCUGAAGAUGGACGAGGCCAUCGAGGCCGGGCUGGUGCACGACUUCGACGCCAGCCUGGCGGGCAUCGGCCAGGAGCUGGGAGCCGCCGCCUACAGCAUGAGUGACGUUUUGGCAUUGCCCAUCUUCAAACAGGAAGAUUCCAGCCUUCCUUCAGACAACGAAACGAAGCAUCCACCAUUUCAGUACGUCAUGUGCGCUGCAACUUCUCCAGCCGUCAAACUGCACGAUGAAACGCUCACUUACUUGAACCAAGGUCAGUCCUAUGAAAUCAGAAUGCUGGAUAACCGGAAAAUGGGAGACAUUCCAGAGAUCAGUGGGAAAUUAGUGAAGAGCACCAUCCGGGUGGUCUUCCACGACCGCCGCCUCCGCUACACGGAACACCAGCAGCUCGAGGGCUGGAAGUGGAAUCGCCCCGGCGACCGGCUUCUUGACCUAGAUAUUCCAAUGUCGGUUGGAGUAAUUGACACAAGGACAAAUCCAAGCCAGUUAAACGCGGUUGAAUUUCUGUGGGACCCCGCGAAACGCACAUCUGCUUUUAUUCAGGUACAUUGCAUCAGCACAGAGUUUACCCCCCGGAAGCACGGUGGGGAGAAAGGAGUUCCUUUCCGGAUUCAGGUCGACACGUUCAAACAGACCGAAAGCGGGGAAUACACCGAUCAUCUGCACUCAGCCAGCUGCCAAAUCAAAGUCUUUAAGCCAAAAGGAGCGGACCGGAAGCAGAAGACGGAUCGAGAGAAGAUGGAAAAGAGGACGGCCCACGAGAAAGAAAAGUAUCAGCCCUCGUACGACACCACGAUCCUCACGGAGAUGAGACUUGAGCCUAUAAGUGAAGAUGCAGUUGACCAUGAGCAGAAAAAGUCCAGCAAGCGGACUUUGCCAGCAGACUACGGUGAUUCUCUGGCAAAGCGAGGCAGUUGCUCUCCGUGGCCUGAUACUCCUACAACCUAUGUAAACAGCAGUCCUACUCCGACUCCUACUUUUACCUCUACUCAACACAAUACCUACAGUGUCCCAGAUAGCAACUCUUCCUCCCCAAAUCAUCAAGGAGAUGGAAUCUUGCAAGGCUCUGGAGAACAACUUAACCCCUCAGCCACGAUCCAGGAAACUCAGCAAUGGCUGCUCAAACACAGGUUCUCGACGUACGCAAGGCUUUUUUCCAAUUUCUCAGGUGCCGAUUUAUUAAAGCUGACCCGAGAGGACCUGGUCCAGAUCUGCGGCCCGGCCGACGGAAUCCGGCUCUACAACGCACUGAAAUCCCGGUCGGUCAGGCCCCGCCUCACCAUCUACGUCUGCCGGGAGCAGUCGAGGAGCGGCAGCAACGCCCCACUGGAGCGGCAGCGAGAGGCCGACGCCAGCAACGCUUCCCUCUACGUCUACCACGCCAUCUACCUGGAGGAAAUGGCAGCCUCGGAAGUGACCCGCAAACUGGCUUUGGUGUUUAACAUUCCUCUGCACCAGAUCAACCAGGUCUACAGGCAAGGUCCCACCGGCAUCCACAUUCUCGUCAGCGAUCAGAUGGUUCAGAACUUUCAAGAUGAGAGUUGUUUCUUAUUCGCCACGGUGAAAGCUGAAAAUGGUGAUGGUUUCCACAUAAUUUUGAAGUGAUGUCAUACAUUCGCCGGACUGCUAAUCAAUCUCGAGUGGAGUCACACUUCUUAGGGUCUGAAGACUGAAGCCAUAGGUCUUGGGGUUGGACUUCACCAUAUAAAAAUGUUUCAUAUUGAAAACAAACGAAAAAAAAAGACCUUUCUAA